AUGACAGAGUUGAUGCCGACAAACUUGGCCAAUCGAGUUCUGAGAUUGUUGAAAUUCCAUACGGUACAUACCCUUUGCAUUCUAUUUUUGGAAGCUUCUGACGAGGGUGUGGACUGUUCGUCCGAUUUUCAAAGAAUAUUCCAGUCUCUCUCGUUUGCCUCGUUCUCUGAGUUGCAAACCAAAAUUGAGGAAUUUCAGAGGGUAAUACUGUAUUUUAGAUCCUAUUAAAUAAGGUUACGGGCUCUUUGUAUGCUCGACGGAACACCAAGCGCUUUCCCGUUGGAUCGGCAGAAUCCAAGUCCUUGGUUUAUAGGUCAUUUGCAUACGAGUGUUACCACUAUGGCAGCCACAAAAGUGGUUCCAUGAUGCAGCGAAAUAGGAGGUACCCCGGAUUUAUUUCUUUAUUUCCAUGUUUUAGAUCAGCAAAGAUCGGUUGUCGGUCCAAGAUCUACGUUAGUUGUUCCAGAAAUAUGCUCAAAAUUGUUCGGUACGAUGUGCGGCACAAUCAUGGAGUGACGCCAGAUGAGGCGAGACUUUACCCUCGGAAUCGGCGCUUGACGCAGUCCCAACUGGCGGUUGUAGAAGAUCUUUUAGAGACUACUCAGGAAAAUAACGUCGUAAAAGAAUUCAUUGAGAGUAUGUCUUUAUCCUUUAAACUCGUUCCUCUAGCCAAUUUCGAUACAUCGGUCACUAUGAGCGAUGUGAGGAAUUUGAGAACGAAAAUCAAAGUGUCGAGAGAGCAGAUUUCUCAUGAAUUCAUGAUCUCCAAACUCCAUCCCCGUCUGGAUGAACUCCAGUGUUUGACAACUUCUGGUAACCGAUCACAAUUCCUCAGGAGGCUUCAUUGCUUGACAAAUUUGAUUGAGUUUUGGCGUAACGGUGUAGAUGUUGAUAUCGUCCCUCGCAGUAAUUCAAACGACAACGUAUGUGGUUAUGAGGGCGCCAAUGCAGGUGAUCCUCAAUCGGCUUCGACUUUCGGUAAUACCCCAACGGGCAGGCGCGUACACGACAUGCAAGAAUCUCCGGGAACCAUGCGAUUUAAUAGUUUCCCAGAAAACUCAACGUGCGAAUUCGACAAAGAAGACGAUGAAUAUGACCUUAAGGCUUUUGAUAACCGCAGACUAGGAUUUGCAAAUCUUCGGAAUGCAUGGCCCUAG